ACUGUAGUAUAUAUAAGCACUCAGGCCGAGCAGAGCUUCACCCGAUCCCGCAGCAGAGAUGAACCCAACCGAGAUCAGCCUCCUGUGUGACGGAGCGAGCCCGGUUCUCUACAGAACCGAGAAAGAGGAGAAGCUGCCCCGGGCGGAGCGGCCGGACCGCGGCCUGGAGGGACUGCAAUCCGCUAAACACGGGAUCGCCUACAACGGUAUAGUCCAGAAGCUGAAUUUGGAGGAGCAGGACGACAGUAUGAACAUUAUUAGCAGCGUAGCUGAGACUAUUUUUAGCGACGGAACCACGAACUGGGGGCGGAUCGUUAGCCUGGUGGCGUUCGGCGCGGUGGUGUGUGAUCAUCUGAAGAAGAAGAGUCGAGAUCACUGCGUGGAGAACGUCGCCCAACACAUCUCCACCUACCUCAACACCCACCAACACCAGUGGCUCAUCAACAACAACGCCUGGGACGGAUUCGUGGAAUUCUUCCGCGAGGACGACUCAGACUCACCAGUCCGAAAAGCCCUGAUGGCCUACGCUGGAUUUGCCUGGCUGGGGGCGGGGCUAGCACUACUGAUUUGAUGAUGGGGGCGGGGCUGAGCACAGUGACCAAACUCAUU